CAUACCAGCGUCCUGAUCACCUCCAUACCCCAUACCAGGAUCCUGAUCACCGCCAUACCCCAUACCAGGGUCCUGAUCACCGCCAUACCCCAUACCAGCAUCCUGAUCACUGCCAUACCCCCAUACCAGCGUCCUGAUCACCACCAUACACCAUACCAGCGUCCUGAUCACCACCAUACCCCAUACCAGUGUCCUGAUCACCCCCAUACCCCAUACCAGUGUCCUGAUCACCAUCAUACCCCAUACCAGCAUCCUGAUCACCUCCAUACCCCAUACCAGUGUCCUGAUCACCUCCAUACCCCA